GUCUUUUUUUUUUUUUUUUAACUAUCUUUUUGAGACGGUAGAAAAAGCGCCAAGAUGGGGCGGAGAUCUACAUCAUCCACCAAGAGUGGGAAGUUCAUGAAUCCCACGGAUCAGGCUCGUAAGGAAGCUCGAAAGAGGGAACUAAAGAAGAACAAAAAGCAAAGGAUGAUGGUACGAGCAGCUGUAUUAAAGAUGAAAGAUCCAAAGCAGAUUAUAAGAGACAUGGAAAAAUUGGAUGAGAUGGAGUUUAACCCAGUGCAGCAGCCACAACUUAAUGAAAAAGUGUUAAAGGACAAGCGCAAAAAACUGCGAGAGACCUUCGAGCGCAUCUUGCGCCUCUACGAGAAGGAGAACCCUGAUAUCUAUAAAGAGCUGCGCAAGUUGGAAGUGGAAUACGAGCAGAAGAGAUCACAGCUCAGCCAGUAUUUUGAUGCUGUCAAGAAUGCUCAGCAUGUUGAAGUGGAAAGUAUCCCCUUACCAGAUAUGCCUCAUGCACCCUCCAACAUCCUCAUCCAAGACAUUCCCCUUCCUGGGGCACAACCGCCUUCAAUCCUCAAGAAGACAUCAGCCUAUGGACCACCACUUCGGUCCAUUUCUGUACUUCCACCUCCUGGCCUUGGUGUUCCACGUUUACCUCCUGGCAGGAAGCCCCCUGGCCCUCCUCCAGGGCCACCCCCACCCCAAGUCCUACAAAUGUAUGGGCGGAAGGUGGGCUUUGCCUUGGAGAUGGCUCCUCGAAGACGAGAGGAGGAUAUUUCUUACAGUUCUGAAGGAGGACAGCGAGGGCAUGAUGAUGAUAUCUCCAGUACUAGUGAAGAUGAAGGCUACCCUGAGGAUAUGGAGCAAGAUAAGCACGAUGAGAGCAGUGAUGACAGUGACAGUGACAGAUCAGAUGCAGACAGUGAAGCUGAGGAUUUCCUGCAUCGUGAUAAUGACAAAGAGCGGGAAGGUGGUGAAGAGAAGAAAUCAGGUCAUAGUGUACGGUUUGCAGACAUGCCUGGGAAAUCACGAAAAAAGAAAAAGAACAUGAAAGAACUGACCCCACUCCAAGCCAUGAUGUUGCGAAUGGCAGGUCAGGAAAUCCCAGAGGAAGGGAGAGAAGUGGAGGAAUAUUCAGAAGAGGAAGAGGAGGAGGAGGAUGACUCAGAGUCUGAAGAGACGUCGCAGCAGCAGCAGCAGCAACAACACAGUGAGGAAGCUCUUGCAGAGACUGGGUCAUCUACUGCAACCUCCCAGUCACAACAGCAAUCUUCGUCACAGUCUGCUCAAAGUCAGAUACAGGCACCUCCCAUGCCUGGGCCUCCGCCUCUAGGGCCACCUCCAGCCCCUCCGCUGAGGCCCCCAGGUCCACCCACCGGCCUCCCCCCAGGCCCUCCACCAGGAGCUCCUCCCUUCCUGAGACCUCCCGGGUUACCGGGGCUGCGUGGGCCUUUACCUCGACUUCUGCCACCAGGCCCCCCACCUGGGCGACCCCCUGGCCCUCCCCCUGGGCCCCCACCAGGUCUGCCCCCAGGUCCUCCUCCGCGUGGGCCCCCUCCUCGCCUGCCUCCUCCGGCUCCACCAGGUAUCCCCCCUCCUCGCCCAGGCAUGUUACGGCCGCCUUUGGUGCCUCCGUUAGGACCUGCCCCACCUGGGCUUUUCCCACCCACUCCCAUUCCCAAUCCCGGAGUGUUGAGUGCCCCUCCCAGCCUGAUCCAGCGCCCCAAGGYGGAUGACACCAGCGCGGCCACCAUUGAGAAGAAGGCCACGGCCACCAUCAGCGCCAAGCCGCAGAUCACCAACCCCAAGGCAGAAAUCACCCGCUUUGUGCCUACGGCCCUGCGGGUGCGCCGGGAGAACAAAGGGGCCCUGGCCGCCUCCCAGAGGAAGCAGGARGACGAGCCCGCCCUGCCCUUAACCAAAGCAGCCCCCAAGGCCGGGUCGUCUGCCCCCAUCUCUGUACAGACGAAGGAUGACGUGUAUGAAGCCUUCAUGAAGGAAAUGGAAGGUCUCCUGUGACCUCUCAUAGUCCUCAUCAGCUUUCCUGCUCUCCGAACACAGACUAGACUCCUGCAGAGGGAGGAGAAGAAAAGGCGCUCCUGUAAGCAGCGAGAACGCCUGCAUGACAGGGAAUAGAUCCCUACCCACAGGUCAACUUGCCAGUAGUCUCUGAAUCAAGACUGUGGUAGAUCAGGGGGGACAGGACCUUGUUUCAGAGCUAGCAUGUCUACUCAGUGGAAGGAAAUGGCAGCCCAGAGGUGAUGCUGCUUUCCUUGAGUUCCGCCCUUGGUGCGGGAGGUUGCGGUGCUCCGAGGAGGGGUGUAAUGCUCUGCCUGGGAACUUUUCCCUUCAUGAAUGCUCUGGUGAGGGUAGUGGAGCAAACUUAAAAGGAGACGGAAAAAUUAGCAGGAUUUCAUACACACACAUGGUUGUCAAGUUUUUAUUUUCUGUACUGUUUUUCUUUCUGUAAAUAUUUUAUAAUCUGGUCGCUUUUUUAGUUGCAGUGAGAUUGAUCUUUUUUUUUCCAGGGUAGUCAGGGAGGUAAUUUGUUGCUUAUACUGUACACUGGAAUUUUGCACCCCGUCCCCUCUACAGUCAUUUUGGUGGCUUUUAAUGACGGGGAAAUUUUCCUUUUGUCUGGUGAAAGACAAUAAAUGUUCAGUGUAUCAAAAUACCAGUUUCUUUGUGAUCUGUGUAAGUCUAGCAUAUGGAUGGAAAGGGAGGAAACUCUUCAUAGACCUUGAGGAAGAUGUAGGCCUUCUGACCCUCAUGAAGAAGAGUAAUAGCUACAUUGAAAUUAACUAAGACUAUGUAGGUUAUCCUUCUGUUAAAGUCUUUUAUAUCCUUGUUUCAACMGUUCCUGUUCGGUUCCCUUUUAGUGUUUGCUGGUGGAUGGUAGAAAUUUUAAGUCCUGAAAUACUACACUUAUUGUACAGUUUAUAGCAAGCCUUGGAUAUCCACUAGAUGUAUCUUGGACUGAUUAGAUUUAUCUUAGAUAAAAAUUGAUAAACAAUUUUGAUUCUAGAAUCUUGACAGAUAAUCAAACUCUGGAAGUUUUUGUUAUAAAAUCAGUAAAUGCAAAUUCUGUGCUCUUAGACUGCAGUUUGUUGGGAUGUUUUUCUCUAAGGACUUUAUUUUUUCUAGCUUCAAAAAACAUUAUUUUGCUUUUUUGGUUGAAAUAAGCCUUUAACUUCAUUCAUUCUGCUGUCACUCGAAUAUAUUACCAUAUACAAGAAAGAAAGAAUUCUGGUCUAUUUUGAAGAAGAAUAAAACUUCUUGGGAUGUAGACAAGUCAGCUUCAAGACCU